AAUCUCAAUGCAGCUGCUUCAACUACACUUGAUUAUUAUUUAUUAAGUACAUAAUUUUUUUAAUAUUGUCUUCUUUUUUUUCUUCAUGCAUGUUGAAUUUGAAGAAGGUUUAAUUGAUUGUUAUAUUUGUAAAAGAUAAUUAGUUUUUUUUAGCUUCUAAUUAAUUACAUGUGUUGUUGUUGAUGACAAAUAGGUGUAGUUGCACGUGAAGGUUCAAUUGUGGGCUUUUGUUGUAUAUGUUAAUUAUUGAUUAUCUUCUACAUUAAGGUUGAUUGUGAUCAUUUGAGUAAGCAUACAAGAGAUUCAAUUAAAUAAUCAUGUGUGACACUAUCUCUGCACCUAUUAGUAUUGAUCAACCUGUUAAAGGUCUUGAGACUGAAAAUUUGGAGGAUGAAAAGAAGACAAAGCUUGGAUCCUUAAAGAAGGUAGCAAUAAAUGCAUCUUCUAUGUUCAAAAAUUCCAUAAAGAAGGGGCGAAGACACGGCAGGGUUAUGUCUAUUGUCGAGGAUGAACUCGAUACAGAAGAGUUGCUGGCACUUGAAGCUUUUCGCCAAGUACUUACUCUAGAAGAGCUAUUACCCUCAAAACACAAUGAUCAUCAUAUGAUGCUAAGAUUCUUGAGAGCAAGGAAGUAUGACAUCGAGAAAACAAAGCAAAUGUGGGAAGAUAUGCUCCAAUGGAGGAAGGAAUUUGGUGCUGACACUAUCAUGGAGGAUUUUGAAUUCAAUGAGAUAGAUGAAGUUCUAAAGUACUACCCUCAAGGAACACAUGGAGUUGAUAAGGAUGGAAGACCAGUUUAUAUCGAAAGGUUGGGUUUGGUUGACUCAAACAAGCUGAUGCAAGUAACAACUAUCGACCGAUAUCUUAAGUACCACGUAAGAGAGUUCGAGAAGACAUUCAAUGUUAAGAUGCCUGCUUGUUCGAUUGCUGCAAAGAAACACAUUGAUCAAAGCACAACAAUCUUGGAUGUGCAAGGAUUGGGUCUCAGAAGUAUGAACAAAGCUGCAAGAGAUCUCCUCCAGAGGCUUCAGAAGAUUGAUGGUGACAACUAUCCUGAGUCCUUGAACCGUAUGUUCAUCAUCAAUGCUGGUUCUGGAUUUAGGAUGUUGUGGAACACUGUUAAGUCCUUCCUUGAUCCUAAAACCACCUCCAAAAUCCAUGUCCUAGGUAACAAAUACCAGAGCAAGUUGCUUGAAAUCAUCGAUGCCAGUGAACUUCCAGAGUUCUUGGGGGGUACUUGUACUUGUGCAGACAAAGGCGGUUGCAUGCUUUCUGACAAGGGACCAUGGAAUGACCCCGAAAUCUUGAAGAUGCUUCAAAACGGUGAAGUAAAAUGCAGAAGGAAAACUUCAUCCGAGGUUGCGGAGAAAACAAACAUCAAAGAUGAAACAAAGUGUCAAAAGGAAUGUGAUUCUUUCAACAAAGAAGCUGCUCUCGAGGAGGCAUGCCACGCUAUAGCAGAAGCAGCAAAACAAUGUAAUAAUGUAUAUCAGUUUGAAACCUUGGCCAAAGACAAACCAGUUUCCUGGAAUGAAGCAAUACAAAAUGAUCAAAAGAAACUUUCUAAAGGUUGCUACGAUAACAAUGUUUGCAGGACUUCUAAUGGAUUUAGAAACCAAUUUGUCGGUGGACUCAUGUCUGUUAUUUUGGCAAUCAUAACGUUAAUCCGCGUGACUCGGUACAUGCCAAGGAAAAGGACUGCAGAUAUGUAUGGUAACUCAGUAUGUUAUGAUGACAAUAUGAUGAAAAAAGCACCUGGAAUUUCCUUUGAUGAUCACAUGACUAUGAUGAAGCGCAUGGCCGAUCUUGAAGAGAAGGUGAACACCCUCGUGAUGAGACCUUCCAUACCACCUGAAGUGGAAGAAUUGCUCAACAGUGCUCUAAACCGUGUCGAAAUGCUCGAGCAAGAGUUAGCUACAUCUAAAAAGGCACUUGACGACGCCCUUGUGAAGCAAGUGGAGCUUCAAUCACAAAUUGACAAAAAGAAAAAGAAGAAGUUGUUCCACUGGUAA